AUGUCAAGUUCGACUUCUUUUGAAGGGUCUCAAACACCUCCGCAAAGCCCUCUCCAAACUCCCCCUCGCAGCGCCACCGCUGCAGCUGAUCGUGAAGCACGGCUCGCCGCUCUUCAGCGUCGUCUAGAUGAGCAGGCAGCCGAGGCAGCCGCGACUGUGGGAAGCCCCGAUCAGCCCGCGUUCAUACCUUUUGACGCAAACCAUGAGAAGCGUCAAGAGUUUCGACGGCUUAUCGACCCUGGAAUUAUGAGGCCGAAUGCCAGAGAAGUUGCGCUGACGUCUUUGCGUACACUGUCUACGAUAGCUGAAAACAUUCUGCGCGAACCCCUUAACCCAAAGUUCCGUCAAUUCAAGCCAACGAAUAGCAUGAUAAAGCGGAACCUUGUGGAUCCGAAGGGUGCUCUGGAAUAUGCUGUCGCCCUGGGAUUUCGUCCAGAAAUUCGGAAUUUCCAGCCAUCCUACGUAUUCAGCGACAAGUUCCUUCCGGAUCUGCGCAUUGGUGCUGACAUCGUCAAGGAAGUCAUUCGUAAUGAAUCUGAGAAGCAAGAACGAGAGGAAACAAGCAAGCGGUUAGCAAAGGCUGCAGAAGAAGCCCGCGUAGAAAAGGCGAGUCACAUCGAACGUUUGUAUGAUUGUUGCUUGACUUAUUCGUUUAUCAGGUGA